AAUUCUGAUCAUCUGAGGAUACGCGUUUUACCAGAUGAUGAGAUUGGAUACGAAGAUGGAAAGACAGAAACAGCUGGCGUUAAGGAGCACGAUUCGCCAGCAAAAUCGUUGCAGAAUGAUGAAAACGAAGAUUAUGAAGGACCGGAGUUACUGAGUGGGUCUCGUUUGUCGAUAAAGUUCAAAAAAGAACGGAAGAGAGCUGAAGAACGAAAGCGUGGAAUCCAUACAGCAAAGAUGAAUCGUAUACGCAAAUUGAAUCGUAUUUACACGUGGGGUGAUAAUAUACCUGACCCAUUUAUUAAUUUCACCGAUAUCGACGGUAUUCCCAAAGAAUUAUUGGACAAUCUCAAUGAAUUUGAUAUAAAGGAACCCAGUCCCAUUCAAAUGCAAGCGUUACCGAUUAUGCGACAAAGAAGGGAACUGUUGGCAAGUGCACCUACAGGAUCUGGUAAGACUUUGGCGUUCAUAAUUCCAAUUGCCAUGGAAUGUGUUCGUCUGAAACGAAUGCCCAAAUAUCAACAAGGUGGAAAAUUAAUCGCACUAGUAUUGGAACCAACACGUGAGCUUGCUAAACAAACUUAUAUGCAGUUCAUGAAAUACACUCAAAAACUGCCAAUUUCAUGUGCGCUCAUGGAGGACAAUAAACUUCCAUCUGGCGGUGCAGAUGUGAUAGUAUCAACACCCAAUCGGAUGGUUUAUUUGAUUGAAAAUAGCGAAGGUGAUUUGAAGUUAUUCAAAUGGUUGAGAUGGUUAAUAAUUGAUGAGAGCGAUCGUUUAUUUGAAACAACUGAAGGCGAUUCGAAAUGUUUCCGGAAUCAGUUAUCAAAAGUUUACCAAGCGUGUGAUGGUAAAUUCACUCAUCGAGCCUUCUUCAGUGCAACGUUCUCGUAUGAGGUUGAAGACUGGUGUAAGACGAAUUUGCACAAUGUUGCGAUGGUCUGUAUCGGUGCUAGGAAUUCGGCAGUUGAUUCCGUCGAGCAGCAGUUGGUUUUCGCUGGAUCGGAGUAUGGAAAAAUUAUUGCAGUACGAUCACUAUUCCAGCAAGGCUUCGAACCUCCAGCGUUAAUUUUUGUUCAGAGUAAGGAUCGUGCGCGUCAACUGUAUUCUGAGAUCAAUUCAUUCAAUCCUCCAAUUCCAACUGCACUGAUUUCGAGUGAGAGAAGUGAGAAGGAGCGUGAUGCUGCAUUAACGAAAUUCCGUGAUGGUUCUAUCUGGGUGUUGGUAUGUACCGAACUGAUUGGUCGUGGACUGGAUUUGAAAGGAGUGAACUUGGUGAUUAAUUUCGAUUUGCCAACAUCGGUUGUGAAUUACAUUCACCGAAUUGGUCGAACAGGACGUGCGGGUCGUCGUGGCCGUUCUAUAACGUAUUUUACCGAGAAAGAUCUAGAUGUAGUUCGACCAAUAGCCACAGUUAUCAGCCAAGCUGGUUUUGCGGUUCCUGAAUACACAUUGCGAAUGAAGAAAUUGAACAGGAAUGACCGAAAAGAUUUAUUGAGACGACCGCCGAAGCGGAAGAAUAUUGGUGCAGUGAAGAAAAGGUUUCUGAAGAAAUCCGAAUCCGUAUCUGAAGCGUCAAAUUCGUUGAAUAAUUCGAGAGGUAAUGGAAAUUUGAAAGGAAGCAUUCCACGACAGCGCAGCGAUGGUGGUUCAGAAAAAGUGAAGAAACGAAAAUCAGGAACGGAACCGAAGAAGACUCAUCAGAAACGUUUAAAGAAAAGUGUGUAA